CGAGAUGCCCUCCUCUCUGCCCCUCCCCCGUCAAUCACGCUCGGCCGGCAUUACUCCCUGCCGCGCUUUGUGGCUUCGUUCCACAUCUCCCGGACCUUCCAUCCGCAGCCUGACGACCAGCCCUUUUAGACGUGAUAUCCACCUCCGGGCAAUGCCCUUGCCCUUGUUGCCGCCGGCCCGCCGCCAUCGCCGACAUCCAUGCAUGGAACCAUCUCAGCCCCAGCCCCUGUCGCUGUUGCAACCAAAUCGGACUCCAGUACUCCAGCGGCUCUGCCUUGCUGCGCUGCCCGGCUGUACAGAACUCCUGUCCUACGCUCUGCGUGGUUUGAUUUGUCGCUCCGACGACCUCCUCCAAUGUGCGGCCGAUGCUGCUGCAUCGAGGAGGGAGGCGGCAGGCGGCGUGAGCUCCAUACCCAAGGGUGGGGCUGUAGCGAGGAGGAAGACGAUGUGCGACAUCACAAACUUGAUGCGCACAUCAGCGGCCGUGGAGCAGGGCGGGACGGUCUGUGCCGUGGAUGCGGGCAUGGAAGGAAUCACGCGGCUGAACUUGGAACUUAUGAGGCUCCUUGAGGAGAGGGACUAAAGCACAUCAGCUUGCUUGCUCGAGAGCUAUUAGCACAGCAAAAAUAUCACAAUCAGAGGUUUCAAGAUGCCCCUGUAGUGGCUGGAACUGGUCACAGGUGGUAAGAUUAAUUAUUUUCAGUUGUGAUUUGCCAUCUUCAGAUUACCAUGCUUUUUGUGAUAAAUCAAUCUUCAAUGGUAUUAUAAUUUUUUUUCUACUCUUCCGUCAAUAAAAACGGUGGCACACGUUUGGUGGAGCUGUAUAAGUGCAUGUGCUCAUACUUCAUACCGUCACAAGGGGCACAUUGCAGAGAAAAAAGAAACAGAUUUCAGUAUCAAUUGGCAUGUGAAAUAGAUUUUAGAUAUAUAGGAGGAGAUCAUUCCGUGAAAAAUAACCCGAAAUUUUUUUAUUAUAGCUCAUAAACAUGAGCUUGUGACUUGGCAGAUGCUAUGCAUAUUCUGAGUAUGUAGGCUUGGCGGUUGUGGGUUUGACGCUGUUAUUCCUGUAGGUUGAUGGUCAGCA